GUUUUUGUGAUUUCAUUCUUAUUGAACGUACGUACGUAGACUGGCAAUGCCUGUCUGACCUCAUAAUGCACGAUAUAGGACCAGUCUAUCUCUUUCGUACGAUAGAGACAGAGGACCAGUCUAAAUUGAACGGUGUAUAGCUAUUUUGUUCCAUGACAUAAUACUAUCAAUCCGGAAAAAAAUGGCGUUUCAAAAGGAUGUCAGACAUAUUGUGACGAUGUAGCCUUCCACCUUAAGAUAUGAUGAAACUCUUUACAUACAGUGGUACUUAAAAGGUUAAUCAAGCGCAAUAUGGAUCCUAAGUGUAGCGCCCAAGAUGUUGUACGAUGCCAUCUUUGUGAGACCCCCCUCCCCCCACUUCACUGUGACACGUGUCACCUAGAUCUGUGCAAAGCUUGUGUUGGAGAGCAUCUUCUGGAUGAUUCAAGACAACAUAAAAUGGUUCCAUUCAAACAGCGGGGAACCACUCCUAUUUAUCCAAACUGCCCAAACCAUGACAAAAAGCAAUGUGAAUUUUACUGCAAGGAAUGCAUCGUGCCUGUGUGUUCCAGCUGCAUUUUGACCAAUUCACACAAGGGUCACACUUUGCUUCCUUCACUAGAUGUGAUAGAGGCCAAACUAAAAGCUGUAGAAAAAGAUGUUGAUGAAUUACAAAACUCAAUCUACCCCAAGUACGAAGAAAUUCUUUUGGAAUUGGAGAAAAAAAAAGCCGAUUUAGAAAUCUAUUACGGAAAACUGACAACAAAUGCCACACAGAUGGGCGAGGACUUUCAUAAAGAAAUCAACAUUCUUGUUAACAAAAGUAAAACUGAAAUAAACGAAAUGAAAACCAAGCAUCUGGCUGUUCUAAACCAACAAGAAGACAAAAUCGCGAAUUCAGUCUCUGAAAUCACAAAAAGCAUUGCCAAUCUUAAGAAAUUACUUGUUUCCAAAGAUGUCUGCCUUGUAUCUGAGAAUAAUUCAAAGAAUGCACAAUUUAGAAAACUGCCACCUAAAUUAAUAGUAUCCCUACCAAAAUUUACAUCUCUAGAAAUAAAAAGAGAUCAGCUUACUGAACAGUUUGGUUCUCUAUCAGAAAUAUCUUUUACAGAAGAAGAACGUGGCAAUAUCAUGCCAACCCAGGAAGUCCAGCCAUCACCCCCGAACAGUUGGAGAGAUAGAGAGCGGGAGAAGGAGGAGGAGGGAGGUUGUGAUUGGCGAGCCUGGAGACCAGCAGGGGCCAGAGAAGGGGGCGGCUGGAGGGAGAGGGAGAAACAGCGAUCAGAGAGCUGGAAAAAAGAGACCAGCCCCACUAAGCAGUAUGAGGAGGAAAAAGAACUAAAAGGAGAAGGCUGGAGGGGAGAGAGGGGUGCUCCUAGGGAAGACAGGCCCCCAGUUCGAGGUAUCUAUACCCCUAGGGAAACGUGGAGAAGCAGAGGGGAGGAUCGAGUACCAUCGAGGGAUGGUGGUGAUCGUGGAGGAUUUGGAGAACGCAGAAGAGAUGAUAGAGAUUUUGGAAGAGGUAGAGAUGAUCGUGAUUUCGGAAGAGGGAGAGAUGACAGAGAUAGAGAUUUUGGCGAUGCAUGGAGAGACCGCCGUAAGGAUGAGGGAGGAGAUGAAAGAGGAGGAGGGGCCUGGAGAGGAGGCAGAACUGGAGGUGACAGCUGGAGAGAGAGGACUGGAGAGAAAGAGGGAUGGAGCCGGCGAGAUGACAGAGGACCAGCAAGAGAGGACAGAGUAUCAGCAAGAUGGGGCUUUAGUCAAAAUAGUGAGGUCCCCCCAUCGAGACGAGAAAGAGAAAGACGCUGGAGAGACAAACAUUCAUAAAAAGGAGCUGUCAGAAACCCUGAGGGAGAGGAAGAUGAUGGAUGGACCACAGUGCGUUAUUGAUCAGACUGAUAAACCGAGACAUCUUAUUGGAUGAAGAUGGAAACUGUGUUUGUGUUAAUGAACUGAUAGAAUUCAUCAACAAGUCCUGUGUUCUUUUAACAGGGUUACAAAAUCACAUAGCAACGGGUGAUAUACAAAUUGCAUUUAUUAAUGAUGCAUACUCCAUAGCAGUGUAUGGGUAUCUGUUUGCUUUGUAUUUAUGAAUAAUGUAACCGCUAAACUUUACUUCAAUGGAAAUAAAUUCUGCAUUAUUUUUGAUUGGAUAUAAUCUUUUAGCAAGAAUUCACUGUUCAUUUAUGUAAAAGUUGAUAGCUUAUUUAUGAAUGUAACUGUGUUAUGUCAUUGGUAGUAAACAUGAUUUAAAAGAA